AUGCCUUCCAAAAUACUCAUCCUCGACGGCGGCCUCGGUACCUCCCUCGAGUCAAAGUACUCAGUUACUUUCUCUCGCUCAACUCCCCUCUGGUCUUCUCAUCUACUCGUCGCUGACCAACCAACCCUCCAAUCAUGCCAGUCCGAUUUCGGCGCUGUCCCUGUUGACGUGCUCCUCACAGCAACAUACCAAGUCUCACUGCACGGAUUCGCAGAUACUCGCACUGAGGAAUUUCCCAAUGGUAUCUCUCGUGAGAAUGUCCCGCGCUUUUUGGAUGAUUCUGUCAGUAUCGCUGAGCGUGCUGUCGGAGACAAGGGCUGUGUCGCUCUCAGCAUUGGUCCUUAUGGCGCUUGUAUGAUUCCUGGCCAGGAGUACAGCGGGAAAUAUGACGAUAAGCACGACUCUCUGCAAGAUUUGGAAUCAUGGCAUCGUGAGCGCUUGGGAGUGUUUUCUGAAGUCAAUGAUAUCCAGAAGCGACUGGGUUACGUUGCGCUCGAGACAAUUCCUCGUCUCGAUGAGAUUAUCGCCAUGCGCAAAGCCCUCGCCGCGACACCAGCACUGUCCAAACUCCCAUACUGGACCGCGCUUCUCUCCCCGGAAAAAGACCUGCGUCUUCCCGACGGCAACUCCAUCGAGGCUGCCGUCGAGGCCAUGCUGGACCCUGAAGUUUCUGCCAACAUCCCCUGGGGCAUCGGCAUCAACUGCACAAAGGUCGACAAACUGGAUAGCUUGCUGCAGAUCUUUGAGAGCACUGUUUCGAACAUGGUGGAAAAGGGCAAGAUUGCAGAGUGGCCUGCUUUGGUGCUGUAUCCUGAUGGCACCAAUGGUGAAGUCUACAACACGACGACGCAAAAGUGGGAGAUGCCUGAUGGUGCUGAGAACCAAAGGCGAACAUCUUGGGAGGGCCAGCUUGAAGAUGUUGUUAAAGCUACAGAGGGUCGAGGAAAGUGGCCCGCUAUCUUGGUUGGUGGGUGCUGCAGAGCUGGAAGCGAAGAUAUCAAGAAGCUACGUGAUCGGCUUGUCUAA